CCGCUCUGUGGAGUGUUGACCAUCUCUAUCUCCGCCUCCAACGUUCACCACCUCUUCUACGAUGAUGUCCACUCGCGCCUUGGGUCUUGGAUCUGCCCUGAGACAGGUUGCAUUCAAGCCCAGAUUCGCUCCCGCUUUAAGGAAUGCCGUCGCGAGGCGGGGAAUCACGACUCGAUCACUACCGCCCUCAGCGUCUGAGGAGAUCCUGAACGCGCAACGACUGAAGCGUCCCUCAAGCCCCCACUUCACCAUCUACCAACCCCAGCUCACCUGGGUUGGGUCCAUUGCCCACCGUUUUACGGGCGCUGGUCUGGGUGUCCUCCUCUACGCCUACGCCCUUGCCUACCUCGUCGCCCCGACCGUAUUUGACUCUACGCAUGUCGUUGAGUUCAUUGCUGGUCUUCCUGAGGGUCUGAAGAUCGCGGGCAAGACCAUCCUUGCCGCGCCUUUCGCGUUCCACUCCUGGAAUGGUAUUCGUCAUUUGGUCUGGGACGUGGGAAAAUUCACCACCUUGAAGGGAGCCUACCAGACGGGUUACGCUGUCCUGGGUGCUACAGCUGUUACCACCGUCGCGCUUGUGAUGAUGUAA